AUGACCUUCGAGAAGCCGUCGAUGCCGGAUUUUCCGGAGGAAGCGCCACUGCUGGGGGACCUGAGCGGGCGGCUGCGGCCCCUGAUCGAGGAUGAGGAUGACUUUGAGGCGAUCAUCACGUUUCCAGAUGGAGACUUUGUACGGGCGACGAGCACAAGCAAAGAGACCUGUUCGACGGUGGACACCGUCACCUCGUCCUGGGACAGUGCCUCCUGGCAUCGUGAUCUGCCCCCAGGAACCAUCAUCCAACCAGAUCGCCGCCUUCACGAGCGCCACGUCCGUAAGAUGAAUCGCUUCCUGCAGGACGUCGAGCUGGCACCGCGGACCUUCAGCGGCAUCGUCCGCAGCAGGCGCCGAGAUGAAGAGUGA